AUGUCCAAGCCUACUUUCACCCUCGCUGAGGGCCAACCUGUCACUGACCCUGCGGUCAGCACCACCCUGCCCACCUUCGGUGGCGGUGGCCUCACUACCCUGGGAGACACUCUGCUGAUCGAGACCCUGACACAUUUCAACCGGGAGAGAAUUCCGGAGCGAGUUGUCCACGCCAAGGGCUCCGGCGCCUGGGGUGAAUUCCGCGUCACCAAGGACAUCUCCCACCUCACCAAGGCCAAGUUCCUGACGGGCGUGGGCAAGAAGACCAAGGUGCUGUUCCGCCACAGCACCACGGGCGGUGGUCUGGGCAGUGCCGACACCGCGCUCGACAUCCACGGAUUCGCCGUGAAGUUCUUCACCGAGGAGGGUAACCAUGACAUUGUUGGCAACCACGCCCCCGUUUUCUGGGUGCGCGAUCCCAUCCGCUUCCCCGCGGUGAACCGCAGCCACAAGAAGCACCCCGCCACCAACCGCGGCGACCCCAACAUGUUCUGGGACUUCCACGUCAACCAGCCCGAGAGUGUGCACGCCUUGAUGCACCUGUUCGGCUCGCGCGGCCACCCCGAGUCGGCGCGCAAGAUGACCGGGUUCGGCAUCCACACUUUCAAGCUGGUGUCCGAGGACGGCAGCUUCCGCUACUGCAAGUUCCACUUCAAGCCCGUGCAGGGCAUCAGCAACAUCAGCUCCGACAUGGCGACGCGGUUGGCGGGCACCAACCCGGACUCGUACAACCAGGAUCUGUGGGAGGCGAUCGCGCGCGGCGACCACCCGGUGUGGAAGCUGUACGUGCAGGUGAUGGAGCCCGAGCGCGCCGAGACGUUCGGUCGGGCGUUGUUCGACAUCACCAAGGUGUGGCCGCACAAGGACUUCCCCUUGAUUGAGGUUGGCGAGAUGACUCUCAACCGGAACCCCGAGAACUUCUUCGCCGAGAUCGAACAGGCGGCUUUCUCUCCCUCCAACCUGGUCCCCGGUGUGGCUGCCACUCCUGACCCGAUGCUCCAAGCUCGUAUGUUCGCCUACCCCGACGCCCAGCGAUACCGCCUGGGUGUCAACUACCCGCAGCUCCCGCCCAACAAGCCCGUGUGCCCGGUGUACGCCCCCUACCUGCGCGACGGCGCCCACACCACCACGCACAACUACGGCGGCGACCCCAACUACGUGCGCAGCACGCUCACCCCCGGGGUGAGCAGCCCGUCGGCGAAGGAGGUGCGCCACCACGAGUUCCUGCGGAUGGGCGGGGUGCUGGGGCUGAACGAGAUCCCCGUGGGCGAUGAGGACUUCGUGCAGCCGCGCGCGCUGUGGCAUAAGGUGUUCGACGAGCAGGAGCGCCGGCUGUUCGUGACGAACCUCUGCAACUCGCUGGAGGGGGUGGUGCCGGAGCUGCAGCAGGCGACGGUGGCCAUGUUCAGCCGGGUGGAUCCCCGGAUCGGACAGAUGAUGGAGGCGAAUCUCAAGGGGGGUGCGCGGUUGUAGGUCGCUGACGGGGCCG